UUAUUGAACAUGGCAAAAAAGAACAUGGCAAAAAAGCAUGAGGGAUGUGCUGUGGGAAUAGACCUUGGAACAACUUAUUCAUGUGUUGCUGUUUGGCUUGAUGAACACAACAGAGUUGAAAUUAUUCACAAUGAUCAAGGAAACAGAACAACACCUUCUGUUGUUGCUUUCACUGAUGAUCAAAGAUUGAUUGGUGAUGCUGCUAAGAAUCAAGCUGCCUCCAACGCACAAAACACCGUCUUUGAUGCUAAGAGGUUAAUUGGUAGGAAGUUUAGUGAUUCUAUUGUUCAAAAGGAUAUGAUGUUGUGGCCAUUCAAGGUCAUUGCGGGCGUGAAUGAAAAACCUAUGAUUACCCUUAAGUACAAGGGUGAAGAAAAGCAAUUUUGUGCCGAGGAUAUAUCAUCUAUGAUUCUUAUAAAGAUGAAAGAGAUUGCCGAGGCAUAUUUAGAGUCUCCUGUAAAAAAUGCCGUUGUUACUGUGCCGGCUUAUUUCAAUGAUUCUCAGCGAAAAGCCACCAUAGAUGCUGGUUCUAUUGCUGGCCUUAACGUCAUCCGGAUAAUCAAUGAACCUACUGCUGCUGCUAUUGCAUAUGGCCUUGACAAGAGAAGUGAUGGUAAACGAAAUAUUUUUGUCUUUGAUCUUGGUGGUGGUACUUUUGAUGUAUCUAUUCUCUCUAUUAAGGGGGAUGUCUUUGAAGUAAAAGCCACUGCUGGAAACACUCAUCUUGGUGGAGAGGACUUUGAUAACAGAAUGUUGAACUACUUUGUAGAGGAGUUCAAAAAGAAGAAUAAUGUGGACAUUAGUGGGAACCCAAAAUCAUUACGGAGGUUGAGAACUGCAUGUGAGAGGGCAAAAAGGCAACUUUCUUAUGCUUUUAAUACCACUGUGGAGGUGGAUUCUUUAUAUAUGGGAAUCGACUUUUCUUCAUUAAUCACUCGUGCCAAAUUUGAGGAAAUUAAUAUGGAUCUAUUCAAUGACUGCAUGACAAUUGUUGAUAGUUGUCUUAGGGAUUCAAAGAUACACAAGAGGAAUAUUAGUGGUGUUGUUCUCGUGGGUGGCUCGUCUAGGAUUCCGAAAGUGCAAGAUCUAUUGCAAGAAUUUUUCAAGGGGAAGGAUUUGUUCGUGCGUAUCAAUCCAGAUGAGGCUGUUGCUUAUGGUGCAGCUAUUCAUGCUGCUACUUUGAGUGAAGGCUUUAAGAAUGUCCCGAACUUGGUGCUGCGAGAUGUUACCCCAUUGUCACUUGGUAUCGAAACAAAUGUUGGUCUUGUUAUGGGUGUGGUGAUUCCUAGGAAUACUCCUGUGCCUGUCAAGAUGACAAAACAAUUUUCUACCCUUAAAGAUAAUCAGUCAAUAGCCCGGUUUCCUGUUUAUGAGGGUGAAAGAGAAAAAGCUAGUGAAAAUAAUCUACUUGGUUCUUUUAACCUUCUUUGCAGUCCAGGUGCUCCUCGGGGCCAUCCCUUGGAGGUAUGCUUUGCCAUUGAUGAAAAUGGUAUCCUAACGGUUUCUGCUAAAGAAAUAUCUACAGGCAAUAUGAACGAAAUCACGAUAACAAAUGACAAAGAAAGGUUGUCAAAAAUUGAAAUUAAAAGAAAGAUUGAAGAAGCUGAGAAAUACCAUGAGGAAGAUAUGAAAUUUUUAAAGAAGGCCAAGGUAAUGAGUUCAUUGGAUUCUUGGGUUUACGAUAUGAAGAAUACCUUAAAGAAGAAGGAUAUUAAUCUUAUUCUCUCCCCUCAAGAAAUAGAGAAGAUCAACAAUGCAAUUACUUUCGCUAUGAAUUUGCUUGAUAAGAAUAACCAACAAGAAGAAAUAGAUGAUCUUGAGGGUCAUCUGAAUGAGUUAGAGAGCAUGUUGAAACCCGUUAUAGCCAAGACUAAUAAUUUUAUUUUUCUUUAA